AUCCCUAGGUAUCAUAUUCCGCACCACAAAAUACCUCAUCAUCUUAAUUUUCUAUAAAAGAGACACAACAUCAUUUCAUUUUAGAAAAAUAUUCCUCUGAGAGUGAACGCAUACCCCUUGCUAUAGAAAAUAUACCUCUCUAUCUCUCAUCUCAUGUAAGCACAAACCAAACGAAUUGAACAAAGUGGGGAACCGUCGUAUAACUCCUCGGGAAUCAUGUCAUUCGCCUGUAACGUAUUGUUACCGGUGGCAUAAAUACUCGGAGUAAGCUCCUGACUUGCCCCUAUCUCUAAAGGGAGAGACAUCCUAAUACACUUUAAAAAAUGAACCAAAUUGACCAAAAGCCUCAUGCUAUAUUGUUUCCUUACCCUCUCCAAGGUCAUGUAAUUCCCUUUGUUAAUCUAGCCAUCAAACUUGCAUCCAAUGGCUUCACCAUCACUUUUGUAAACACUCAAUCAGUUCACUACCAAAUAUCCAAAGCCCGGCUAGAAAAUGGUGUCGAGGGCGACGAUCUUUUCUCGAGUGCACGAAAAUUAGGCCUGGAUAUCCGUGAUGUGACAAUUUACGAUGGUUUCCCUAUAGAUUUUGAUAGAUCACUUAACCAUGAUAAAUAUUUUGAAGCUAUACUAAAUGACUUUGGUUCCCAUGUUGAUGAGCUUGUUGAAAACUUAGUCCUCUCAAAUCCACCACCAAAUAUACUAGUUGCUGAUACUUUUUAUAUAUGGCCAUCUACCAUAGCUAAGAAGUAUAAUUUGGUGAAUGUCUCGUAUUGGACGGAACCAGCUCUUGUUUUAAGUGUGUAUUAUCACUUAGACCUGCUAAGACAAAAUGGCCACUACGAUUGUAUUGACAAACGCCAGGACGUCAUAGAUUACAUACCAGGAGUGAAGGCAAUAAAGCCAACAGAUUUAGCUUCUUAUCUUCAGUCUAAUGAUACAAAAAUGGUGGCGAACCGAAUAAUCCACAGAGCAAUAUUCACAGAUGUGAAAAAAGCAGAAUAUAUCAUUUGUAACACCGUGCAACAACUCGAAUCCGAAACCAUUGCAGCAUUACAAGAGAAGCAGCCUGUUUAUGCAAUUGGACCACUUUUCUCCCCUGGCUUCACCAAGAGCUCAGUGAAAACGAGUCUGUGGUCCGAGUCCGAUUGCACCAAUUGGCUCGACGCCAAGCCUUGUGGCUCAGUCAUAUAUGUAUCAUUCGGAAGCUAUGCUCACACUACUAAACAAAAUAUAAUGGAAAUUGCACGUGGCCUAGUGGUCAGUAAAGUAAAUUUCCUUUGGGUGCUUCGUCCUGAUAUUGUUAGUUCGGAAGAAACUGAUUAUUUACCAAUUGGUUACGAAGAAUUUAUUAAGGAUCGAGGGUUAAUUGUGCCGUGGUGUUGUCAAACUGCGGUAAUUUCUCAUCCAGCAGUCGGAGGAUUCUUGACUCAUUGCGGUUGGAAUUCGAUCUUGGAAAGUAUAUGGUGUUCUGUUCCGUUUAUUUGUUUUCCUUUGCUGACUGAUCAAUUUACUAAUCGGAAAAUAGUGGUUGAUGAUUGGAAGAUCGGGAUUAAUCUUUGUGAUAAGGAAUCAAUUACGAGGGACGAAGUGUCAGAGAAAGUUAAACUUUUGUUGAGAGGAAAAGUAGCAGAAGAAAUGAAGCAACAAAUCAAGAAAGUCAGGAAAACAUUAGAGGAUGCAGUGGCGAUAAAUGGAUCAUCUCAAGUGAAUUUUACAAAGUUUAUCGAUGAUUUGAAGUCAAAAAUUCCAAAGAAAAAUGUGGUUGCCUUAGAAUCUGAGGCUCAGCAAUUAAACCGUUAAUGCAAAAUGAUCAUCCUGUAGGCCCUUAAAAAUAAGAGUUUUGAUAAGGAUAACAUAUUAAGUUCAUUACUUUUAUGUAUAGGGAAAAAGGAUUAUAGUUUGCACCCUAUAUGCUUCCAUUAUAGAAUUUUCGUUAGAAGGUAAUAA